AGUGAAUUGCUGCUUGGGUCGAGCUCUCGUUCCUUCUCUCCUCCGAGGAAUGAUGAGGUGAUUCGGAGCACCAACAAUGGGACCGAGCAUGUAUUGAUGCUUGCCACGCAGAACCUAAACUCCAAAGCAACCCUGGACCUUCAGAACGUGGAGGAGAAGUAACUCCAAAACGUCUCGCUGUUUCAAGGAUGUUCUUCCCAGAUGUGCCUCUCUCAGCCAUCAAUUACGCGCUCGUGUUGGGAAUAACGUGUCUGACGGUCUUCUGCAACUUCACCAAAAGUUCCUCUGAGUUUUCAGGUUACCUAUCCAAAGUGUUGAGGAACUACACCGAGCAGGCUUGUGACGGCGACUUCCUGUCGGUCCGCUGCCCGCCCCGCACCACCAUCACCGUCCAAUCGGCUUUCUACGGCAGGAAAGGCCCCUCCCACCCCCAGCAGUGCCCGUCCUACCAGAGAUACACCCUUGUAGGGACACACCCACUGGAGGAUGACACAUAUUGUUACAUGUCCACUGCACUACAGAAAAUGUUGGAUGAGUGCCAGGACAGGAGGAUCUGUCAGGUCCUUGUCAACAGUCGUCUCUUCGGGAUGGACCCGUGCCCCAGUAGCAGCAAAUACCUCAUUGUGUGGUACAAAUGCAUGCCUAAUGAGUAUAAGAGUACGGUGGUGUGUGAGGAGGAGAGGAUGAAGCUGAGCUGUAAACAGGGGAUGCAGAUCGCCGUCUACUCUGCCAUGUUUGGUCGAACCCAACAGGGGACCCUGGAGUGUCCUACCCACCACAGGGCACCCUCCGUAGACUGCCAGUCGGGCGUGGCUCUCCAAGUGCUGAUGGCCCGUUGUCAGGGGAAACGGAGCUGUUUGGUCCGGGCAUCCACGCGAGAGUUCGGGGACCCCUGCUACUCUGGCACCAGGAAAUACCUCAGUGUCAUCUACACCUGUGUCCCAAAGAAUUUGCUGCAGCAGGUGCCCAGCCCCAGAGUACCAGUGUUUUACCCCCCAUCACCCGGGGCCCAUGACCCAAACGUGGUUGGAGACAGUGCUCCCCCUGAUGAGACGUCGGGCAUAACCUCUGACACUGUGCUCUCAGUUAUCCCUUCAGGCAAGAAGAAGCGAGGGAGAGAGUCAGGCUCCUACUCUGGGGAGGUGAAGACGAACGAGGAGGGAGUGGAGGAGAGCGUCCCCCAGCCUCCGGACAUGAACCCUGUAAUCAACUCUACGCCGGGCAGCACAAACAUGGCCCUCAUCAGUAGCACACUGGCAGCCUACAACUACAUAGCAGACCACCCAGAGCGUGCAGCUCUCUACUUCCUGUGUGGCGUGUGCCUGGGCCUCUUCUUUACCCUCUUUGCUCUGGUCGUCCAGAUCUCAUGCCGCACCGACUGCCAACCCCGCCGUCGCCCAGGCACCACCACCAAGAAGCGUCUGCGGCCCUCCGACUCCUCAUCCGACUCCAGAGACUCUGACUCAGACACCACGUCAGACCUGUCAGCCCGCCGCCACCGCCGUUUCGAGCGCACUCUCAACAUGAAUGUGUUCACAUCAGUGGAGGAGCUGGAGCGUGCUCAGAGGCUGGAGGAGAGGGAGAGGAUCAUACGAGAGAUCUGGAUGAACGGUCAGCCAGACAUACCCGGGACGCGCAGCCUCAACCGCUACUACUGAGGCAGGACCGUAAAGGAACUUACAUUUACAUUUAAGUCAUUUAGCAGACGCUCUUAUCCAGAGCGACCUACUAGAUCUAGAAAUGGGGGGGGCUGUGAAGGUUGGAGCGCAGUACUUGAGAUGGGAUGUGUAGGACCACAAAUGGACCUCUGGGUUUUGGGAAUGGGGCCCCAUGACCUGACGGGGACCUGCGAAGGUUUGGAACCCUCUGUCUGGGUAUCUCCCUCUGUCAGUCUGUCUGUGUCCAUGUGGGUAGUCUAGACCAGGGCUGCCCAACCCUCUUCCUGGAGAUCUACUGUACAGUAGGUUUUCAGUCCAACCCUCUUCCUGGAGACCUACUGUCCUG